UUUGAGUGUGUCGGUUGUGCCAUAGCGGAAUAACGGUACAUCCUUCAAAGAAAGCCAAAGAAAGCAGCUCCGCACAAAAUUGAAUAAAACCAAACAAUAAAAGAAACGCUAAAGUGGAGGGAGAUGAUGAAGUGAAAAUAACAGGCUCAGUAAUAACUGAUACAAAAGGAAAAACAGUUGAAAAUCAGACGUCUUUAACUUUGCAGAAGGCAAAUAGAAAGUGCGAGUCAUGAUUUGAGUUUCAGGAAAAGGAGUUGCAAAUGCGAAAACAACAAUGAAAUGCUGGCACAAUGUGGUGAGGCGCAGAAAGAAGAAGCCGACGGCAGCGGCGGCGGCGGAAGGAUCAAAGGGGGCGCAUGAAGGCGUGGCAGGUCCUCGAGAUAGAGAUGCCAUCUGCCAGCGGCAGCAACAAGUGGACACCUACACUUGGCUAACAACACAAGCUGUCCCUCUGCUGUGGCUGCACUUGUUGCUCCUCGUCGCAUUUGCAAAACAUGCGGCUGCAGCCACAACAAUUGCCACAAAUCCCGAGGCCACCACAACAACGGUGAGCAACUACACGGUGACGACCACGGCACUAUCCUCAUCCACGACAGCGACUUCAUCGGGAUCAGCUCCAGCUUCGUCAUCUGCGGCGGAUAAGUUUGCCGGCAACUGGGCCAUCUUGGAGGAUUCGUUCCGGAACAUCGUGCGGAUCGGCGAUGGAAACACGGUGACACGGACGUCCAUUGAACAAUCGCUGGUGACGAUACACGACAUUGCCACGGAGAACUUGGGGACAUUGUGCAUCUCGACCCUAUAUCGCCCCCUACAAGUGCCCAUCAACUCGGAACGAUAUGAGAGCUCCAGACAGAAAACCGAUUUGGCCGCCUCGAUACUCCAGGAAGUGGGCAUCAUUCGGCACGGCGGACUGUCGGAUGCUUUAGCCAAGGGCCUGCUAACCGAUGACUUUAUAACCGGUGCCCGCAUUUUGGCCCUGAAUCUGACGAAUGGAGCGGUCCAGUCCUACGUCUGGUGGGUCAAGGGGGCAGCGGCGGAAAUCCAGCGGUACGACGAGGACGGACUGCAGAUUGGCAAAAAACCCGCUGGCAGUUAUCCCUGGUUCGACGAUGAGACCUCCUCACCCACCUUGCGUUCGCCCAAAUUCGCGCCCAGUCCGCCAAACAACUACUACAAGGGCUGGUGGACCUAUCCCUACUUCUCGUGCUCCCAGAGCCGCUGGCUGGUGUCCUACAGCAUCGCCAUUCCGCCGAUUGGGCGCCACGGGCUAAGGGGCUUCAUCAGCAUCGACAUUGACGUGUCCACGCUGCGGGUUAACCAAUGCGAGGCGGAGCCCUAUCCAUUUGGCAGUCGCCGCCAGAAAAUGCAGCAACUGCAGACGCACAAUCGCCUGGGGGCACGGAGAACCUCGUUUUUGGGCAGCAGAAUGGGGGCCAUCGAUGAGAGCACCAUCAACGAUCUGCAGGCAUUCCACAGCUCCCACAAGUGUCAUCGCACCUCCAUGGUGUGCGAUUACCGUCAGCCAAGUGCGGAGACUCCUACCGUAACUGGUGGCAAACUGCUGACCGCGCUGACCGGAAGCAGCAGCUGGACCCGUGGAUCGUACCAGUGCCUCUGCCGCGGGGGAUUCUACUCGCUGCGGCAUCCGGAUGGAUUCAAUGGCACCAUCAUGGAGAUUGCCUGGCAGGAGCAGCAGGACAACAUAAGCAAUUACUAUUCCGAGGUCUUCAAGUGUUUGCCCUGCGCCCCCGGCUGCGACACGUGCACGGGUCCGGAGCCAUGUUUGGCCAACUACCACUGGCCAUUCAGAAUAUCGCUGUUGACCAUAUCCAUUGGCUGUGCCUGCGGCACCUUCGUUCUCGCCGGCUAUCUCUUCCGGCAUCGUCGCGUGAAGGUCUUCAAGGUGGCCAGCCCCAUCUUUCUGAUGAUCACGCUCAUCGGCUGCGCCAUCAUGUAUCUGGAGAUGGUAGCUAUCUUUCCCUAUCUGGAUACCACUUGGUGUAUUGCCACUAAAUGGACGCGGCAUAUGGGCUUUUGCAUCACCUACACUUCGCUGCUUAUGAAAACCUGGCGGGUUUCCUUAACGUAUCGCGUCAAGUCGGCCCACAAAAUAAAACUGAAUGAUCAGCAACUUUUGCAGUGGAUGGUGCCCAUUCUGUUGGUUAUGCUGAUCUACUUGGGCACAUGGACGAUUUCGGCAACACCCACAGCAGAAGUGAUCUUAGACCAGAGUCAGUUGAAGUUCAAGCAGUGCUCGUACAACUGGUGGGAUCACAGUUUGGCCAUCGGAGAAGUGUUCUUCCUGGCCUGGGGCAUCCGGGUGUGCUACAAUGUGCGGAAUGCGGAGAGUCUGUACAACGAGGCCCGGCUCAUCUCCUACGCCAUCUACAACAUAGCCCUCGUCAAUAUCGCCAUGGUGGUGUUCCAUGUAAUGCUCUUUCCGAACGCCGGACCCGAUUAUAAGUAUAUGCUGGGAUUUGUGCGCACCCAGCUUUCCACGACCACCACGAUUGCCCUCGUGUUCGGUCCAAAGAUUUUGCGUGUCUUUAAGGGCCAGGGCGACAAGUGGGAUCAGAAGGCCAAGGUGCGGAGCAUAACGGCUUCAUUCUCGCUAAAUGGAGUGGGUCUGGUCCCGGAGGAGUCGCCUGAUCUUUACCAGGAGAACGAAGAACUCAAGGAACAAGUCCAGAAGCUGGCCCACCAAAUCGAGUUCAUGAAGACUGUGCACAUGCAGAUGAACAACAGGCAUCUGAAGCCAAAGCCGGGCGGAUAUUUUACCAUAACUUCAACCUCGUUUCAAGCGCCAUAUAGCAAAAACACGGUUUCCACAGCGCAGACGCAAACGGGCAAGGAUGAGAACAGCACGCCAACGAAAUUAAAAUCGCCCAAAGGCAAAGUCUGACGAGGUCAACGAAGUGUUAAAGAUUGCUCAAUAGAAAUCGAUAGGGGGCAGG